CCCUGGAGCUUCCCGCAGGUGGGAAGCUAGCUGCAGACGCAGACACAGCUACAUCAUCGCAGUCCCAACUCUUCAGAGCAAGAAGACAGGAGGCCGGAUAAGGGAAUUUGGUGGAAGAUAGAGACAAGCUCAAGGAUGGAGGUGCAGUUAGGGCUAGGAAGGGUCUAUCCGCGGCCCCAGUCCAAGACCUAUCGAGGAGCUUUCCAGAACCUGUUCCAGAGCGUGCGCGAAGCGAUCCAGAACCCGGGACCCAGGCACCCUGAGGCAGCCAGCAUAGCACCUCCAGGCGCCUGUUUGCAGCAGCGGCAUGAGACCAGCCCCCAGCGGCGGCAGCAGCAGCAGCAUGGUGAGGAUGGCUCUCCCCAAGCCCACAUCAGAGGCCCGACAGGCUACCUGGCCCUGGAGGAGGAGCAGCAACCUUCACAACAGCAGUCGGCCCCAGAGUGCCACCCUGAGAGCAGCUGCCUCCCAGAGCCUGGAGCUGCCACCCCGCUUCCUGGCAAGGGGCUGCCGCAGCAGCCACCAGCACCUCCGGAUGAGCAUGACUCAGCUGCCCCAUCCACUUUGUCCCUACUGGGCCCCACUUUCCCAGGCUUAAGCAGCUGCUCCACUGACAUUAAAGACAUCCUGAGUGAGGCCGACACCAUGCAACUCCUUCAGCAGCAGCAGCAGCACCAGCAGCACCAGCACCAGCACCAGCACCAGCACCACCACCAGCAGCAGCAGGUAAUAUCCGAAGGCAGCAGUAGCGGGAGAGCGAGGGAGGCCCCUGGGGCUCCCACCUCUUCCAAGGACAGUUUCGUAGGGGGCAAUUCCACUAUAUCUGACAGUGCCAAGGAGUUGUGUAAAGCAGUGUCUGUGUCUAUGGGAUUAGGUGUGGAAGCAUUGGAACAUCUCAGUCCCGGGGAACAGCUUCGGGGAGACUGCAUGUAUGCGUCGCUUCUGGGAGGUCCACCCGCUGUGCGUCCCACUCCAUGCGUGCCACUGGCCGAAUGCAAAGGUCCUCUGCUGGGCGAUGGCCCAGGCAAGGACACUGAAGAGGCUGCUGAGUAUUCCUCUUUCAAGGGUGGUUACUCCAAAGGGCUGGAAGGAGAGAGCCUAGGCUGCUCUGACAGCAGUGAAGCAGGUAGCUCCGGGACACUUGAGCUCCCGUCCACCCUGCCUCUGUACAAGUCCGGGGCAGUGGACGAGGCAGCAGCAUACCAGAAUCGUGACUACUACAACUUUCCACUUGCUGUGACCGGACCGCCGCCACCUCCACCCCCUUCCCAUCCACACGCCCGCGUCAAGCUGGAGAACCCACUGGACUAUGGCAGCGCCUGGGCUGCGGCCGCUGCUCAGUGCCGCUACGGGGACCUGGCUAGCCUACAUGGAGGGGGUGCAGCGGGACCCAGCUCCGGAUCACCCCCAGCCAUGGCCUCCUCUUCCUGGCACACUCUCUUCACAGCAGAAGAAGGUCAAUCAUACGGGCCAGGUGGUGGGGCCAGCGGCAGCAGUCCAAAUGAAGCAGGGCCUAUACCCCCCUAUGGCUACAAUCCCCCGCCUCAAGGACCGGCGGGCCAAGAAGGAGACUUCCCUGCCUCUGAUGUGUGGUACCCCGGUGGCAUGAUGAACAGAGUACCCUAUCCCAGUCCCGGUUGUGUCAAAAGUGAGAUGGGACCGUGGAUGGAGAACAACUCCGGACCUUACGGGGACAUGCGCUUGGACAGUGGCAGGGACCAUGUUUUACCCAUCGACUAUUACUUUCCACCCCAGAAGACCUGCCUGAUCUGUGGAGAUGAAGCUUCUGGCUGUCACUAUGGAGCUCUCACUUGUGGCAGCUGCAAGGUCUUCUUCAAAAGAGCCGCUGAAGGGAAACAGAAGUACCUAUGUGCCAGCAGAAAUGACUGCACCAUUGAUAAAUUCCGGAGGAAAAAUUGUCCAUCUUGUCGCCUCCGGAAAUGCUAUGAAGCAGGAAUGACUCUCGGAGCUCGUAAACUGAAGAAACUUGGCAAUCUAAAACUACAGGAGGAAGGAGAAAAUUCCAGUGCUAGCAGUCCCACUGAAGACCCAUCUCAGAAGAUGACUGUAUCACACUUUGAAGGCUAUGAGUGUCAACCUAUCUUUCUUAAUGUCCUAGAAGCCAUUGAACCAGGAGUGGUGUGUGCUGGACAUGACAACAACCAGCCUGACUCUUUUGCAGCUUUGUUGUCUAGCCUCAAUGAACUGGGAGAAAGACAACUUGUACAUGUGGUUAAGUGGGCCAAGGCCUUACCUGGAUUCCGCAACUUGCAUGUGGAUGACCAGAUGGCAGUCAUUCAGUACUCCUGGAUGGGACUCAUGGUAUUUGCCAUGGGCUGGCGGUCCUUCACUAACGUCAAUUCCAGAAUGCUCUAUUUUGCACCUGACCUGGUUUUCAAUGAGUACCGCAUGCACAAGUCUCGGAUGUACAGCCAGUGUGUCCGAAUGAGGCACCUGUCUCAAGAGUUUGGAUGGCUUCAAAUCACCCCCCAGGAAUUCCUGUGCAUGAAAGCACUGCUACUCUUCAGCAUUAUUCCAGUGGAUGGCCUGAAAAAUCAAAAAUUCUUUGAUGAACUUCGAAUGAACUACAUCAAGGAACUCGAUCGUAUCAUUGCAUGCAAAAGAAAAAAUCCCACAUCCUGCUCAAGGCGCUUCUACCAGCUCACCAAGCUCCUGGACUCUGUGCAGCCUAUUGCAAGAGAGCUACAUCAGUUCACUUUUGAUCUGCUAAUCAAGUCCCAUAUGGUGAGCGUGGACUUUCCGGAAAUGAUGGCAGAGAUCAUCUCUGUGCAAGUGCCCAAGAUCCUUUCUGGGAAAGUCAAGCCCAUCUAUUUCCACACACAGUGAAGCUUUGGAAAGCCUCAUGCCCAAACCCACCCUGUUCCCCUUUUCAGAUCUCCUCUGUCUGUUAUAUAACUCUGCACUUCUCUGCAGUGCCUUGGGGGAAUUUCCUCUACUGAUGUACAGCCUGCCAUGAACAUGGUCCUGAGUUCUAUUUCCUGGACUUUCCUUCUUUCCUUUUCUUCCUUCCUCCCUCCUUCGCCCUUCCUUGGAACCUUACAACUGCUGCCUGCUGUGGUUCCUACCUGUGUUUUCAAUAGUGUUGUAUUUCUUUGAUUCUGUGAUGAUCUUAAUGUGACCCAUUGUCAACUGUGCUUGUUUACAGCACUGUGCUGUGUGCCAGUCACACAAAUGUUUACUUACCUUAUGCCACGGCAAGUUUAGAGAGCUAAAAGUAUCUGAUGAAGAAACAAACACAUAAAAUCCAAAAAAAAAAAUAAUUUAAAAACACACAAACAAAAAAAAACCCCAAAAUCAUGGUGGGUUUGUUUCUUCACAAUAAAUAAACAAAUAGGAUUCCCAAGGAAGCAAACAGUGACUAGAAGAAAGUAAAACUUGAGUAGGCCCAUGAGUAGUCACUGUUUUUGUUCAUCCUAUAUCAUCACUCUGGGAGACUUCAGAUGAUGCCAUUGGCUACUGCCAUUAGAGAGCAGGAUUAUUCCAAAUAUUAAUUGGGGGUAGGUAGAGAGAAGGGAGGACAAAGAGAGUAGAUGCAUGACUGUUACCUGUCCAUAGCCUUUGUUUCUGAGUGCUAGAUUCCUCUGUUGCAGUGCAAGCUUUGUCCUGACAUGUACUUCUUGUUUGAAAGCUUGUCUGUAUGUCAACGCCUCCCCCUUCAAACCCUUUUCUCUCUCAGACUUUGCCUCCGCCUUCAAUUGAUUUUCAAUAACUUUUCUAUGAGCUCUAAACUGAGUGUUCUCUUUAGCCAAAGCUUGGCCACUUCCACAGAAGAGUUAGAAGAGAGAUCCAACCCUUUGGAAGAAGGCUCCAUUCAGAUCUAUAUCCUCCACGUGUAAGCCAUGGAGGACCUUGUGGCUGGAGUCGGAGGAAAAGGGGGUGAUGGGUUAGCCAUUAUCCCUCUUAGGGACACUGAAUAGUUGAUUCCUCACUGAAGUCACCUUUUCCUCUACCUUUAAAGGACCUAUAGACUCUAUGUAGCCACAUACUCCCUCUACCCUUCUUCAGUCUCUGGUAGGCCUGAACUUCACCACAAUGCAUUUCAGCCAUGGUGGUAAAGCUUGUUCACUUCUUUGGGCAUGUUCAUAGAAACUGCGAAGCUCUUCCCAUCACCACAAAGGCUAGCAGGCCAGCAGCCACGGCAUCUAUGUCAGCAAUCUCAAAGACAUCUCACUCAAUAUCUCUCAUCAAUAGUCAGUUUUCUGGAGCCCUUAGACAAAUUGGAAUGAAGGGAUCAGACAAAUUGGGCGUCUUGCCCUUGUCCUCCAAAGAUAAAAACUCCCAUCAACUGGAGAAAUGCAAGCUUCCUCCUCAAAGCUACUAAAGGGUCUACCCAGUCCAUGGUAGAGGAGAAAACUAAGUAACCAGGGUGGAAAGAAUGAAGACAAUAAAACCAGAAACCAUGAAAUGCUUUCCUUACUGUCUAGCAUAUCCACCUGCAGAAGUCAUGAGAAGAGAGAAGACCAUAAUAGGACACUGCUGAAAUUUUCGGAGGAGAAGCCUAAAAUAAAGCCAGGUGAACAACAUCUGGGUAGAUGGGCACCAGGUCGCCCAGCCUCCUCUGUCACGGAUGCUGGGCUGACCUUGGCCACAGUCAUUCAGAUUCUCCACCAUCAUCAUUGCCUCUCAGUCAGAGGGUGCAGGAUCACUGAGGCGUUCUACAGAACCGCAGCUUCAUUUGGAAAGGUCUGGCUGGUGUGGCUACAAAUGGGCUGCACCCAUAAACUCAGGGCAUGCCCUGGGUCACUGAUUUCAUGUAGUCCUUUGGCACUCUUCUUUUCUCUGGACUUUGUUCCUCAACUUCAAGCGCAGGAGGAAUGACCACUUAGUCUUGUAUUUUUGCCACUUCCUCCGCACUUAGCUCUCAACUUCACUGUUGAACUUAAGAAAUCAAGGGCCAGCCCCCACGCUGCCCAUUUCGGUUGGUAUACUAUGUUGGUUGAGAAGAUAGUUUCUGAGUGACAUGAUAUGAUACACAUGCGUUUCCUUCCGAUUUCUGUGUUGAUAUUAAUAGCCAAACAAACUUGCAAAGCGGCUUCUUUAAAUAACAAUGGAGGGAGAAUUUAAGAUGGGUGAUAUGCCAAUCCAAUCCUACUGGAUAAAAAAUGAAGCUGACAGAUUCCCUUUCUUGGGAAGUAUAGACAGAUUCUGAUUUGCUUUGUGAUGACACUAUCUGGCUCAUAUACAGGAUUGUUUUUAGCUAUGUAUUAGAAGAAAACCCACCACUCUUUUCAGUUAAACUAGGUUAUACUUUAAUAGUUCCUUUCUAUCUAUUCCAAAGCAAUUUUCAUCUUCUUUGGUACAUGGAUUUGAUUAUAUUGUUCUAAUAUCUAUCUUUGUAAAUACUAAAAAUAUUUGUUCCUUUUCUCCGUGAAGUUUUUCAUGUAACGGACUUCCCAAUCACGACUCUUGUCUUUAUGAAUGUAUAUGGUUUUCAUUCGCAAAAGUCAAAGUCUAGUGAAACAGCAGCGGAAUUGCAACUAAAGCAACACCAACUAGAUGACUCCAAAUUUCCAAGUGUAAAAACUAGAGAAAAAGAGCCUGAUUAUGGUUUUAUGCCUAUUGUUUCUGCAUUGAGAUUUGAGUGAGCAAUGGAUGUUGGUUUUUGCUUUUUGUUUGGGGUUUUAUUUUGUUGUUAUUGUUGUUUUUUUUCCCUUUGGCCAUUGAUGCUCCAGCAAUUGUGAUUGGCAGAAGUCUCAUUUUGCAAGUACUCUGCUCAACAGAGUGAAUGUUGCUGGUACACUGUGCUCACCUGUGAAUGACUGGCCACUGCUCCAGUCUCCUGGUAAGACGGAAGAUGAAGAUCACUCACAGGACAAGUCAAGGUGACAAUCUCCAAGGAGGUUUACAGUGCUUGAGGGAAAUAAAAAUUAAGAAGAGGAAAAAAUGAGCACUGUGGAGAAGGUCCAUCUGGGCUGGGCAGCACACAGCUGCCAAAGUCACGAACUCUGUGGUUAAAGAAAAGAGUCGUGUGGUGGUUUCAACUCUCAUUCACUGGGCAGCUCACUGGAUGUGGAUUCUGAGCUGACACGGGGGUUGGCUUCUUUGUUCCACAGAUUUUUCUAUGCUGUGGGCAAUAUUAUUGUUCUUGGAAAGUUCAUUAUUUUUUUAAAUUACCUUACUCUGAGAAAAGGAUUUUUUUUGAAGGAUUCUGUCAUAUAUCUUUGAAAAACAGAAAAAUCAGUAAUAUGUAUAUUUUUAUGUAUGUUCUCUGGCACAAAAAAAGAGCUUUACUCUGUCUUUUGGUUAGUUGCUGAGGUUAAUUGUUUGGGUUGACAGAAGUGCUGAUGCUCACAUCCCUCUCUGUCCAUACCCUAUUUCUAAAUACAUAUAAGCAUAUAUAAUGAGAUGUAGUCAACAUACUUUCAGAAAAAUGAUGUUUAUCAUCCACAGUGCAACUUGACACUACACAAAUGACCUGACUUUAAGCUUCAAGCAGCUUCUAAGUGUUUGUUUUAUUCAGCACAGAUGUGGCCUUGCCCCCUUCUUUUCCUUGGUAUUUGGCAGGGUACAAAGGCCCAAGCCACCCCCUAUAGCUCUCCCAAGACCUAUGCCAGGAUUUCACUUCACAAGGUUCUCUGAAGAUAGUCCAGUUACUAUCCCUGCACGGCCCUAGCAUGGCCCUGGACAAACAAGAGGCUGACUACUGACUCUCCUGUGUCAGUUGCCCAUAUAAAAGGUCACUGGGCCAAGGCAUGGUUUUCAUGUGUGAGAAACAGGAAUGCUAAUACACCAGAUCAAAUCGCAAACUUAAAGUCUGAAGAAGCCUUUUGGCAUGUGAAAUUCCUUGGAAUAGGGAGUUUCUACCCUGGCUGCCUUUCUACACAGGUUUAUUCUCACCACUUAUCUCUUUGAAAACCUUUGAAAGCAGGUGUUUUUUUAAAGACAGAAACAGAGAUUAAAGCAUCACAUUAUAUAACCAAAGAUUAUCUUGUAUCCUUUAAGAAACCAAAAUUUUUAAGGGCAGGGAAGGAGCAAGUAUUAGUGCCUCUUUGGUAAACUAUCCAAAGACAGACUGAAGGACUUUUCUGGCAACUGACUUUUAAGUAUUUGUGAGGAGGAAAUGUCUCACAAUAUACAUAUUUAGAAGCAUUUAAGAUAAUUUGGAAAAAUGGGAUUAUGGUGUCCUUCACUAACUGAUUUUAUAAGCAGAACUAGCUUUCCUUUUUUCUAGUAGUUGCUAAGCAAAUUCUUGAAGCUCCAUCAUUGCAUUGUUGGAAAUGGAGCUGGUCUUGGCCACUGCAUUUGCUAGUGCCCAUGUUAGCUUAUUUGAAGAUGUGAAGCCCUUGAUAAGAAGGGGAGCAUUUAAAGAACUAGAUUUUGCACUAGAAGGAGAGCAGGCAGAAACCCUCAUUUCUGCCCAGUUUGGACAGCACAAAACGUUCUCUGCAGUUUAAGGCAGAAUGUUGAAUAUAUUGUAAAUGAGUAUUUGUAUCCAUGUUUCAAAACUGAAUUAUAUAUAUAGAUGUAAUUGUGUUCUCAUAGCUUUACCUUUCUCUGCACCUUUAUAUUUGGUUCCAGGUUAUAUCUGAUGCCAUGUGCUUGUAAGAGAUGCUGCAGUUACAUUUUGGGUGCUCUCUCAGAAUGGACAAGACUUCUAGGUUGAUCAGAUAGCUAGGAGACCUCUUCCCUGAUUGGGUCUGGUGUUCAGGCCUUGCAAAGGGGUAGAGGAGGAAAGGGUAGCGUACAUGAUGUAUUGCACUUUACUAGCCUAAGACAGAUGAAUGUGGAAGGGGUGGUGAAAACUCAUUGGAAUUGACUGGGAUUUAUAAUAGGGAAUAUUCAGACUUGGGGCCAAAUGUCCAUCACAUGAGUGGCCAGCAGCACCUUCACGGGAUCUGAGCCAGUGGGAGAAGUAAAGGUAUUUCCUUGGUCCUCACCAUUCUUAUGAGAGAAGGGAAGUUGACUGAACGUGGGAACCUGGAGCAUGUGCUCCAUUUGUCACAUGAAUUCUUUCCCUGCGAUUGAGGUGCUCUUGCUACUGGGUGUCUGUAUGCUCUAAUUCUGGUUUUGGAUAUGUUCUGUAAACAUUUUGAUAAUUGAUAGUGUGUUUUUCUCUGUUCAAAUUUGUCAGUGUACUAGAAGUCAUAUUUCUGUAGGUACAGGUCCAUCUCUGCACACAAGUAGAGGUGUUUUUCUUUGAUUAAGAGCUCAACACUGGGAUCUGUUGCCCAGAGACGCCCAACCCUCAACUAUUUCUAGGUGAAGGCAGAAACAUCCAUAUUUGCCACUUUUCUUCAGACAUUUCAGCUAAGGUAACAAACCACUGAAAAUUCCUCUACCCUCAAAAGAAUGGUAGAUAUUUGAAUUUAGCAGCUGGUGUUUUAAAGUGAAAAAAAAAAAAAAAAAAAAAAAUACUUUGACCCAGCUUUAAUUUGGUGAAAUUUAACAAGGCCAGAAAGCAGGUGAUCAACUCAUUGGUUUCCAAUCCAAAUUUAUUAUAGGAGGGGUCCUGGUAUGUUUCCUUGCUCUGCUUGUCUCUUAGCCUUUCAUGGAAUUAAGUGAGAGACCAUGCAAUGGGCGGCACUAGUAGCCUGAAACAGUUUCUACAUAAGCCGCUCCAUAAAACUGUUUUUCAGCUGCAGAUUACAUUGGGCAUCAAAGAUUGGAGCACAUACAUACGAAUUACCCAAAAGAAAUACAGUUCAGCUUUUCUGCAGCUGCCGUCUCUGGCUGAUGCUCAAAGUUUAGGUCCUUUUAUUCUACAACAAAUAGGCCAAGCUCUAACUGACUCUCACAACCUUAGCACUAUCCUGCACUGAAGUGCCUAUUUGGUUAUUCUAUAAGCCACUGUCAUUGGGUCACUGACAGCAGCUACCAUUGGGGUUCCCCAAGUUAAAAGAAUACCCCCACCACUCGUUAACACCUUUCUGCUUUCCUCUGGACUAGAUAGACUGGACAUUGAUUAGGGAGUGCCUUGCACAUGGCAUUCUUGUGUUAUCCUUAAGAUUAAUUUGGCAAUAGGAGGGAAUAGACAAUGCGGCUAGAGAUAAGAAUUAAUUUUGGACACUGAGAGAAAAAAGAGAGAAAGCAUUAUUGAAAAUUUUCAAAGGAAACAAGUUAAUUUUGCUUGAAACUUCUUUUGAUGGGGCUUCAGUUCUUACAGCGGCACUUGGCCUCCACUGGGCAGCAGGACCAGCCCCAAGCGCUCAUGUUCUGUUCUCUUUUUGUAAUCUUGAAAUCUUUUGUUGUUCUAAAUACAAUUAAAAAUGGCAGAAAUUUGUUUGUUGGAA